AUGACAACUCCAGAAAUUUGGCAACGCAAGUUCACCAGAGCUGCUGGUCCAGACACCGAUAAUUUACUUUCGGUCAGUCAGCAGCAGCAGCAGCUCAAAGACAGAUUCGGCCAGUUUCUCCAGCAGGACUCACACUGGACGCUCAACACGUUGGACGAAAUACUUUCCUAUUACUACAAACAAUCCACAACAGCAUGGACUCUGACAAUGUACGCGAUCGCAGACGGCACUCAUGUCAGCCGUGCGGACCUGCCCGAUGAAGGGAAAGACUGGUUUAACCCCCACUGUCGACUACUGGGCGUCGUCGACUUUAAGAUCAAGCAGAGCAAUGACGUGAUUUUCAUUAUUGGCUCAGACGAAGUGUCCAACCCGAAUCGGUUUCUGCAAGUUGUCAGCUGGGAUGGCGAGGAAUUUCACUAUUACGCAAUAGAAGACAUCAAGGGCGACUCGGGGAAAAGGAAAUGGACUUACCAAGCCAGAUCCUCUGAUGCCUUCACGGACGGGUCAUCCUACGACACCUCCUAUCUCGGUCCCUUCAACGGCCACGUCAACGGGGCAUGCAUCAUGAAAGAAAUCCACAGCCCAUGGUACCAUUGGAAAACCGAAAAUCACGACCUGUCCAAAUGUCUCAGCCAGCAGCAGAUAGACCGUUUGGGCAAGAUCCCAUACCUCUCCAACUCUACCUUUCCGUAUGAUUUCUUUAGCGAAGUAAAGAGCGCGGAGACUCUGGAGAAGAAGGUCAUAACACCUCUUGUCCAGACUUGGUUUGCCCUGCGCCACAGAAAAGACUUCACAGUGGACAAGGGGGUGUACAAGGCUCAGUCAGCCAAUCUGAACCGUUGGAUGGCUCACUUGCUACUCACGACUACCAUCAACAUAGCGAGUGGAGAGCGGGUCCAGGCCUUCUAUGCAGCGGAUCAGGAUGCAUCAACAGCCAGUCUGCCUUGGCGAGCCCCAACGCAUCUGUUUAUGAACUUUGAACUUUUGACUGACCCUAAGUUCAACGACAUUAAUGAACCCUUGAGAAAUUUCUCUGCGGAAUUUCGGCCCGAGCACUACGAUCCCGCUAUUCGAUCCCUGGGAAUCAGUCUUUUGCAGGAAUGGGAUUCAGAAACGUCCCCGUCUCCAAAGGUGGACGUGGUGCAACUGCCGAAGGGUACUCUCGGAGGCGGGAAACAGACUAAUUCAUACAACACCACCAACUUUCUAAAGGUUAAGGAGAACUCCGAGGGCGACUUGAUCUAUUUCGUUGUUCUGCAAAGCUCUCUCGAAGAUAAAUGGGGCGUACUGAACCUACCCAGUAGUCUGGUCGAUAACACGCUGAUGAAGUGCAUUCUGCUCCUCGACUUCUACAAUCCGGUUUACAGCUGGCGUCGGGGUGUGCUGAUGCAGUAUCUUCCUAAGACUACAAGUCUCGACGGCGAUAAAUAUGAUAUGGAGGCUGCAUGGAUUGCGAACAUCCGCAAAUCCUCACACGCGUCGGAGGCUGGCUCCCCAGAAUACGAAUUCCUCGAUCUCUACUGCCACCCUCCCUCGUGCUCGGCAAUUGCAACGCGGUUCAGAGAUUACCUGGGCAUGGUGAACGUCAGGCUGAAGACCCAAGAAGGAGUGACCGAUUUCAUGAAACUGGCCGAGUCUCGUCGUCGGAUAUACCGUCCUCUGCCACUGGAUGAGUUUGGAAUGACGCUGCCUUAUGCGUUGAAUCUGCCGACAGACUGGAAGCUGAUCGAGAUGAAAGAAGAUGCGACUGUUACCGAGAUCCCAGAACGGGGGCUCAAAUUCUUGAAUGGCUGGACAGGGACGUUGCAUGGGCCAGAGGUGCAAAGUGUCCUCGACGGUAGUUAA